GUUGGAUUCAAAUCUGAAGCUAUUUCCGGAGGGGCUACGAGCUGCUCAGCUUUGCAUACACGGUUGUUUCUGUAAGUUCGUUAUUCUUGGUUUGGGCAAUGGCAAGGAAAAGUGAAGUUGUAGCUUCAUCAAUGGAUCAUCUUCUGAAUACGAAGGUGGCGAAGCUCCAGCAUAUCUGGGAUGUUGUUGGCAUUCAUGAAGACAAGCGAGUUGAGCGGAUGGCAUCAGCAAAGAGAUGCAUAGAGGAGCUUCUCGAUCAAAUGAUUUGUGAAGAAGAACUCAUGGAGAAACAGUUGAGGGAAUCCAUUAAGAAAUGGAAAAUGCAAGUUCAGAUGUUGUGUUCUGAGCUUCAUCUUGAUCCUUAUAAGGCUGAUGUAAGUUCUACUCCACUUCAAUUGGAAAAAGAACUCAGAAAAAAAGUGGAGACCUUGGUAGAAGAGAAAAAUGGUCGCUUGGCAGAAUGUGAAAUGCUUUUGAAAGAAGAUCAAGCUUUGUGUACUGACCUCUGCAAGACACCAUACUACAUGCCUACUGGCAAAGUUCCAUCUUUACAAGAAUUGGAAGAGCUGAGAAAUCACCUGAUAAGUACAGCCAAAGAGAAGGAGUGCCGUUUAGCUAGUUUCCUUGGACUCCGUCAAGAGAUCACAAAGCUCAUGGCAGAUAUUGAUCACGUCCCUGAUACUACAUUUGAAAAAGAUGCCGUUCUCGAGGAGGAGAAUCUAUUUUUCCUCUCUGAUGGAAAUAUUAAAUCACUUGAGGUGCUUCGUCACCAGUUAGAGGUGCAAAAGGAAGAAUUGAUGGCUUCACAAGAAUCUCUGAAAAAACAAAUUCAAUCUCUAUGGAAUGCUUUACAAAUCCCUUUAGAGGAGCAGAACUUGUGUACAGCAGGUUCUAUAAAUCAAGUCAAUACAGUGUUGCAGCAGGAGCUUGAGCAGCUUCAGCUAAUGCAGGCUAAGAAUCUCAAACAAACCAUCACUGGCAUCCGACAAGAACUAAACGCCUAUUGGGACAAAUGUUACUACAGCCAGGAACAGAGAGAAGAAUUUGCUUUCCUAUCAAAUGAAAAUUUCACGGAAGAAUUGCUGAAAGUACAUGAUGAGGAGCUGGUAAAGAUCACCCUCCAUUACAAAAAACACCAAGAAUUGUUUGCCAACAUUGAAAAGUGGGAAUGCUGGUGGAAAAUGUUCCUAGAACUUGAGAAGAAGGCAUCUGAUCCGAGCAGAUAUGUUAAUAGAGGUGGAACUCUACUGAAAGAAGAGAGAGAACGUUGUCAGCUUCAGAAGAAAAUACCAAAGCUAGAAGAAGAAAUGAAAUUAUACAUAAAGAAAUGGGAAACUGAGCAAGGCUGUCCCUUUCUGGUUAAUGGGCAGAAAUUCACAACAUACGUUGCUAAUCAAUGGGAGGAACAUAGACUCAAGAAAGAAAAAGAGAAACAAGAGAAAUGCAUAAAGAAGGAAGAUGGGACUGGCUAUAAAACUCCUUUAAAAAGAACACUGACUGCAACUUGUACACCACAAAGUAAAAUCCGAAAGUUAAAUGGGACCUUAAAUUUUACACCAGUGAACAGUGGUGGAAGCCUAUGUAAUCAAGUGAGAAAACCAGUAUUUACAGCUCGGAGGAUUAGACGUGUCGUAACAAAUACGAGUACAAAUGUGAGCAAGUUACCAGAUCUGCUGCAAAAACCACCUCUGCAAAACAAAGAAAUAGCAAAUACAUCAUCGUUUACUACCACAAAUCAGCAGCCCAAUGCAUUUAACUGUCUUGUUGCAAGCUACUCGGAAUUUUCACACAGCUUUCCAAUGAAAAAAAAACUGAAAUCCCCUUCUCCUGGUAAGACCAUGAACAUGGAGAGAACAAAACGGACAAAGUUCACAUGCUCUUCUCUUGCAUACUUCCUGGAAUCCAGAUCAAUAAUGGAGCUGGGACUAAACUGGUAAAUAAUGGUUCAUUGGGAUGGGAAACCUGAAAUCAAGUUUUCUAUUCAAGUAAAAGAAUAUCACAUUGCUAUUUUCCAGUAGGUGUUAUUAAUUGCAAUCUCAACAGCUGAUGCUUUCUUUCAAAUCUGAUGGAAAGGGAACAUAAAUACUAACACUGAUCAGCUACUUCAAAUGUCUUAUUUGUUAUUUAUUCUGCGUAACACUUACCUUUUGCUGUUGAAGAAGACACUGCUAUGUGAGAAGGUCUAACAUUCUGCUUUGGAUCAUCUGGAGCUAAUGCUGUACUGCUUCCUUCAGAGUCAACAGCUACGUCCUUUCCACCUCUCCGUUUUAUUGUUCCAGUGUCACCUUCAGAAUCUUCUGCCCAGUAGCCUGUUGUUGAUGCCCAGCUAUUUCUGGACUGAGCAUGAUCAAUGCCAUCUCUAGGCUGGUUCUGCCUAAUCAAUUUUGUGCCAUGUUCAGAGAAUUUGGUUCGAUCCAUUUGGCUACCUGAAGCCCAUAUAGUUGAUAGUCCUGUUCCCUCAGCACAGGUCUCAUAAUGAAGAUUCCCCAAACUGCUGAGUGUCUCCCAACUUUUCUGGUGCUGAAUUGUUUGGAUGUUAUCGUGAGAUCCACUUGAACAUGAAGUCCAACUUCCUCGACCACUGUCUGCUGCAUCAAGAGAAGUUCGGUCUCCCUGGUCCUGGGUUAACUCCUCCAUACUUGGUGAUGACAGCACCACUUCUCCUGCAUACAGACUUCCUCUGCCCUCAGUGCAAGUUGGAAUGUAAUUACUAUACAAGAGAAAGUAUUGAUUUAAAUGUUGGCAGAGAAAGGCUGACAUUUUGUGAUCAACAGGGAAGCAACAUCUUUUGCCACUGACAAUGUAGAAAGUUGUCUACAA